CAGUUUUCCAAAACAAUAAUGCCUCAAAACUUCAGAUGUUUUGCAUGAUCUCCCUACUCACAACGGCAAAGCACUCUCUUUUUGUGAAGUUAUCGACUUCAAUAUAUUCCUUAUCUUUACUAAUAGUAUCCCUCAAAAGUUUCAGUUAAAGCAGCAAUAAAACAUAGUUUACACCAUGAGUACAGUGGUUGCCAAUCUAUCAAUUCUCUCUCUAAUCUUCUUUGCCAUCAUCUAUCUCUGCAUCUGGACUCAACCCAUCUCCAAAUCCUUAAUUUCAAUCCAAACCAACCCUUCUCCUCCAUCAUACUCGAGUGUCCCAACAGAUAAGCUUGAAGCAGCUUUAAGCAGAGCUUCAAUGGCCAACAAGACAGUGAUCAUCACUGUAGUCAACAAAGCUUACGCGGAAUCACACGACGACACGUACCCUUCAAUGCUUGAUCUUUUUCUAGAAAGCUUUUGGUUGGGCGAGGAAACUAGGCCGUUGAUUGAUCAUUUGUUAUUCGUUGCGGUGGAUCAGACAGCGUACGAUCGGUGCGAGUUCAGAAGAUUGCACUGUUACAAAUUGGGAACGGAAGGUGUGGAUUUCACUGGAGAGAAGGUGUACAUGUCGGAUGAGUUCAUCAAGAUGAUGUGGAGGAGAACUCUCUUCCUAUUGGAUGUGCUCAAGCGUGGUUAUAAUUUCAUCUUCACGGAUACAGAUAUAAUGUGGCUUAGGAAUCCAUUUCCAAGGCUCAUGACAAAUAGAACAGUGGAUGAUCUGCAAAUAAGUACUGAUGUUUUUGACAGUCCAUUCUCAAAAGACUUGAUCAACACUGGCUUUUACUAUAUCAGAUCAAACAACAAGACAAUUUCACUGUUUGAGACAUGGUAUGCUAUGAAAGACAAUUCUACAGGCAUGAAAGAGCAGGAUGUUUUGGUACGAUUGAGAAAUGAGGGCGUGUUUGGACGGUUAGGGCUCCGCGUGAGGAUCUUGGACACCCUCUAUUUUAAUGGGUUUUGCAGUAAAAGAAAAGAUAUCCAAGCAGUGACGACUGUCCAUGCUAACUGUUGUCGGAGUAUUAGUGCCAAGGUCUCUGAUCUUAUGGCUAUCCUGCGCGGUUGGAAGGAUUUCAAGGCCUCCGCGGUUGGUGAAGCAACAACUGCUGCUAAUAAUGGAACACAGUCCUUUCGAUGGAUGUCCGAACACUUUGCCUGUUGGAAGUCAUGGGACCAACAAAACAAGCCAAUAGUUUAGGGAAUUUUUUUUUUUUUUUGGCUUUUUGGAAGGGGGUAAUAAGGAGGGGUAAUGCUUGUCAGCGAUGAGAGUCGAACCCAGGCGUUGCAUUCAGUAAGAAGCGGCAAUAAGUGUGAUGCGAUGCCAAUUUAGUGGUAUUCUUGCAUUGAAGGUAGUUAGGAUUAGGAUGCAAACAAUCUACGAAUGGCAGGUUGUUGAUUCAUUUGCUAGCUAAAUGGAAAUAAAAAUCAAUUUAUACAAUUGUUUUUCUUAA